GUGUGCCAGACUAUUUUCGAUGAAAAAGUUAGGUCUCUAGGAAUGUUUGACCAAGAGCUAGUUUCCAAGAAUGCCACUUGCACAAGCGCUGGACAUGUUUCUGUAUCCGGUUCUCGCCCAGGAUAUUUCACAUAAACCUCGCGUGUGUUUGAAUAAUGAAGAUGUGGUGGUAACCUGGUACUCAUUGACGGAGCUUUUAGAGAUAUCUAUAAAGAUGAAAUUUAUUGUUUUGUUCUCGCUGCAAGACCUAUGAGUCCCUAUCAAUGAUGACUUUCCCUUGUUCCAAUCAUGGUGUUACCGUGUGUGGAGGACUCUUGUACGUAAUGGGUAGAGGGAAUCCUAGUGGUUCAGUGUGUUGUUUCAACCCCCAAAAAAUGAAUGAAGCGCUCUUAACACUGAAUAUCACAGAUUGGAAUGAAGUGUCACACCAUUUAAUGAAGAGU